AACUUUUUUAUUAACUGUACCCGUAGGCUGUUCUUGACAAGAGACAAGCCAUGUCAGUAGAAGGAGCGGAGCCUAAGAGGAAACUUGCAAAGGAUCUUGAAAACGAACUGGGUGAAGAUUAUUACAUGGACUUGCGGCAACACUGGGACCUUAAGAAAGAUGAGGAAAAACAUGACAUUGUACCCGAGAUCUACCUUGGAAAGAAUGUGGCCGACUUCAUCGACCCCGACAUCAUGAAGAAACUGGAAGAGUUAGAGAAAGAAGAAGAACUGCGUGAAGCUGCAGGACUUUACGACUCAGAGCCGGAAGAAUUAGACUCUGAACAAGAGGAAAUCAGAAAAACAGCACAACA